AAUACUGAGGAGGGUUGAAUGGGUGGGGGGCAUUUAAGAGAGCAGUAGGUGGGAGUGGAGUCUGACCGCAGAGGGGCUACUGUUCAAGAGAAAGGGAACUAUCUCUCUCUCUCUCUCUUUCUCCUCACUGGCAGCACAGCAUCAGCCGGCUCUCUAGGUAGACUCGAGUAACCGCUGUAAGAGAACAGAGAGCGGAGGGAAGAUGACAGAGCUGUCAGCGCUCUGAGAGAUACACACUGCUGAGAACAUUUGGAUCGGGGCUGGCUGAUAAGGCGCUCUUCAACACUGUUUCUGCUUCCAUUUUCUAGUGAGUGGAGAAGCUGUGGGCAUUGUGCGGACAAGAACACUUGCUACCUGAACAGACUCUAGUCUGCUACUUUCUGAGAAGUAGUUCCACGGUGUCAUCAUGGGAAUGAAAGGCUUUCUGUUAUGCGGCCUGACCGUGGCCAUGAUCUUCCAACUCUCCACUGCCGGCCUGGUCAAGAAGGUCAUCCGCCACCGUAGAGAGGCUUUGAUGCCCAAGAAAACCCAGGAGAACAUCACGGUGCCCCACCCCGACCAACCGGUGGUGUUCAACCACGUCUACAACAUCAAUGUACCCUCCACGUCUCUCUGCUCUGUGGACCUGGACUCGCCCGGUGACUCUGAGCUCAAACACAAGAGUGCCCCGAUGGACAUGCAGAACAGCGAGCAUAUGGAGCACACAGUGGACGGUGACAAUCAGAUCGUUUUCACCCACCGCAUCAAUAUCCCCAAGCAGGCAUGCGGCUGUGACAACCAAGCGCCCGAUAUCAAGGACAUCCUGAACCGACUGGAGAUGCUGGAGUCCGAGCUGUCUAGUCUGAGAGAGCAGUGCAGCAGUGGGGCAGGCUGCUGUGGAGCUCAGGUUACCGCAGGUGAUGUGUCCACAAAGCCUUACUGUAAUGGCCGUGGGAACUGGAGCACUGACACCUGCAGCUGCAUAUGUGAGCCUGGAUGGAAGGGCCCCAACUGCACCGAACCUGAGUGCCCCAAUGACUGCCAGGACCAGGGCCGCUGUGUGGAUGGCAAAUGUGAGUGCUUUGAAGGCUUUGGUGGGGACGACUGCGGUAUUGAGCUCUGCCUGCUGGACUGCGGUGACUAUGGCCACUGUGUAGAUGGGUCCUGCCUCUGUGAGGAGGGCUUCAUUGGUCAGGACUGCACCCAGACCAACUGCCUCAACAACUGCCUGGGCCGUGGACGCUGCGAAGACAAUGAGUGUGUUUGCGACGAGCCGUGGACGGGCUACGACUGCUCCGAACUCAUCUGUCCAAACGACUGCUAUGACCGUGGACGCUGCGUCAAUGGUACCUGCUACUGUGAACAGGGCUACACUGGAGAAGACUGCGGGGAGCUCACUUGUGCCGGCAACUGUAACAACCGUGGCAUGUGUGUGAAUGGCCAGUGUGUGUGCCAGACCGGCUACAGCGGAGAGGAUUGCUCGAAGCUCACCUGUCCCCAGAACUGCAAUGAGAAAGGCCAUUGCUUUAAUGGAAAGUGCAUCUGUGAUCCAGGAUUUGAGGGUGAAGAUUGCUCUAUCCUCUCCUGCCCUGAGAACUGCAGCAACAGGGGCCAGUGCAUUAACGGAGAAUGUGUAUGUGACAUAGGAUACCAGGGCGAAGAUUGUAGCGAGCUCUCCUGCCUUAACAAUUGCCAAGACCUUGGCCUCUGCGUUAACGGACAGUGCGUAUGUAACAAAGGCUAUGCUGGGGAGGACUGCAGCAUCAAGACUUGUCCAAAAGACUGCAUGGGACAAGGAGAAUGCGUGGAUGGCAAGUGCGUGUGCUUUGUCGGAUUCACUGGGAAAGACUGCGGCCAGCUGACCUGCCCCAAUGACUGCUUGGACCGUGGUCACUGUGUGAACGGGCAAUGUGUUUGUCACAAAGGUUUUGCCGGUGAGGACUGCAGUGAGAAGACGUGUCCCAAGAACUGUCUUGAUAGAGGUUACUGCGUCGAUGGCAACUGUGUGUGUUAUGAAGGUUUCACCGGGCCUGACUGCUCAAUGCUGACCUGCCCAGAAGACUGCCAAAACCAGGGGAACUGUGAGAACGGAGUGUGUGUUUGCAACGAGGGCUUCAUUGGGGAGGACUGCUCUGGGGUCUCACCUCCCAAGGACCUGACAGUGGUGGAGGUCACCCCAGAGACGGUGGACGUGUCCUGGGCGAAUGAGAUGCGCGUGAAUGAAUACCUGAUCACCUAUGUGCCAACGGCCCCUGGAGGUCUGGAGCUGGACAUGCGGGUGCCUGGGGACCAGAAGAUGACCACUAUUCGGGAGCUUGAGCCUGGUGUGGAGUACCUGAUCAGCGUUUUUGCUGUGCUCAACAACAAGAGGAGUCUUCCUGUCAGUGCUAGGGUGGCUACACAUCUGCCCGAGCCUGAGGGACUAAAGUUUAAGUCUGUGCGGGAGACGUCAGUGGAGGUGCAGUGGGACCCAUUGGACAUUUCUUUCGAUGGCUGGAACCUCAUAUUCAGAAAUACAAAAGAGGAAGAUGGUGAGAUUCUCAACUCCCUCGGCCGUCCAGAGACCACCUUUGAGCAGUCGGGCCUGGGCCCUGGCCAGGAGUACGAGGUCAAGCUGGAGGUGGUGAAGAACAACAAGCGUGGACCGCCUGCUUCCCAGAGCGUAAUCACAAUGAUUGAUGCCCCCGGCCAGGUGGAUGUGCGUGACGUGACAGACACCACAGCCCUGGUGACCUGGUUCCAACCCGUGGCGGAGGUGGACGGGGUCAGCGUCUCCUACGGGCCCAUUUCCAACCCCGCUGAACGCAAGGUGGUGGAGCUGUCCUCCACUGACACACAGUACCACCUGGGGGGCCUUACCCCCGACACCCAGUACGAGGUGUCGCUGUUGGCUCGGAGGGGAGAACGGACCAGCGUUCCCAUCUAUGAGUCUUUCCUCACAGAUCUGGACGCCCCCAGAGACCUGCAGACAGUGGAGCUGACGGAUGAGAGCAUCACCCUGGAGUGGAAGAACAGCCAGGCUCCGGUGGACAACUACCGCAUCAAGUACGGACCUCUGUCAGGGGGGGAGCACGGAGAGCUGCUCUUCCCCCCGGGACCCAAGGACACCACCCGGGCCAAGAUCACCGGCCUGAGACCGAGCACCGAGUACGGGAUGGGUGUUACCGCAGUGACAGAUGAGCGGGAGAGUCUGCCGACAACCACCAACGCAGUCACUGCCCUGGAUGCUCCCAAAAACCUGCGUGUUGUAGAAGUGACGGAGACGACCAUGAUGCUGGAGUGGACACGCCCGCUGGCCAAAUUGGACUCCUUCAGACUAGUUUACGUGUCUGCUGAUGGGCACCGAGCUGAGGAGGUCAUCCCAGGCAGCUCAGAGUCCCACACUCUUAGGGGCCUUACACCUGGCAUGCUUUACACCAUCAGCAUCAUCGCCGAGAGGGGCCGCAGGACUAGUGCACCCAGCACCAUCUCAGCACCAACAGAGGAGGAGAAGCCUGUGGUGACCAAUGUCACCGUCAGCGACGUAUCGUGGGACAGCUUCCUCCUGUCCUGGUCUGCUGAGGACGGGGCAUUGGAGGCCUUUCUGAUCGAGGUUACCGAUGCAGAGACGGGCGCUGAGUGGCAAAACCACACGGUGCCCGCCGAUGCUCGCAGCCUGGCCAUCUCUGGCCUCUCCUCCACCACCUGGUACAGGGCCAGUCUGUACGGGGUGUUCAGGGGGGCCCUCUUAGACCCGGUCUUUGCAGACACCAUCACAGAGGCCGAACCGGAGAUGCAGGCUCUCGUUGUCUCCGACGUCACCUCUGAGAGCUUUAGGUUGGCCUGGACGGCUGAAGAGGAAGCCUUCGACACCUUUGUGGUAAUGGUCAGCCAGGCCGAGGGCCCAGGCCAACCAAGAGAGCUGGUGCUGGGUGGUGAGGAGUGGAGCACAGCUAUCACAGAUCUCGCCGAGGACACAGAGUACAAAGUCGAAAUCUUUGGGCUCAUUUUGGGAAGAAGCUCUAAGUCUGUAAUGGAGUGGGUGAGAACAGAUGUGGGUCCACCCAAGGGUUUCCGCUUCUCUGAUGUCACGGACACGUCGGCCACCGUUCACUGGGGGGUUCCCAGAGCACGGGUGGACAGCUACAGGGUCACCUACGUGCCUGCUCAUGGAGGUAAUGCGAAGACUCUGACAGUGGACGGCUCGGAGUCUCAGACCGUGCUGCCCAAUCUGACCCCCGGGGUCACCUAUGAGGUCACCGUAAUUGCUGUCAAGGGUCAAAGGGAGAGUGAGCCUGGAUCAGACAGCGUCACCACCGCUCUGGAUAAACCCCGUGGUCUGACUGCAGUCAACAUCACAGACACUGAGGCCCUGUUGCUCUGGCAGCCCGCCAUCGCCACUGUAGACGGCUACGUCAUCACCUACAGCGCAGACUCGGUGGCUCCAGUGAUGGAGCGCGUGUCAGGAAACGUCGUGGAGUUUGAGAUGAGCUCCCUGACGCCUGCCACGCACUACACUGUGAAGGUGUACGCUGUGAGGGACCUGGCCAAGAGUGCAGCCACCACCACAGAGUUCACCACCGACGUGGACGCCCCUCUGGACCUGGCAGCCAGUAACAUUCAGACAGAGAACGGUAUGCUGACGUGGAAGCCACCUCGGGCUGACAUCACCGGAUACAUCCUGAGCUUUGAGUCGGCAGAUGGCGUUGUCCGUGAGGUGGUCCUGAGUCCCAACGCUGUCUCCUAUAACAUGGCCCAGCUCAGCGCCUCCACAGAGUAUUCAGUCAAGCUGCAGGCCAUCGCUGGUCCCAAGAGAAGCCGAGUCAUCACUACUGUCUUCACCACCACUGGUGUCCUGUACAGACACCCCAAGGACUGCUCCCAGGCCCUUCUGAAUGGAGACACCUCAUCAGACCUGUACACCAUCUAUCUGGGUGGGGAUGAGAGCCAGCCCGUCCAGGUCUACUGCGACAUGAGCACCGAUGGAGGUGGAUGGAUUGUGUUCCUCCGACGACAGAGUGGUAAACUGGAGUUUUUCCGCAACUGGAAGAAUUACACAGCUGGCUUUGGUGACAUGAACGAUGAAUUCUGGCUGGGUCUUUCCAACCUGCAUAAGAUCACAGCUGGAGGACAGUACGAGCUGCGAGUGGACCUCAGAGAUAAGGGAGAGACAGCCUACGCCCAGUACGACAAGUUCUCCGUCUCUGAACCCCGGACCCGCUUCAAAGUCCACGUAGGAGGAUACAGUGGAACAGCAGGUGACUCCAUGACGUACCAUCACGGGCGUCCAUUCUCCACUUACGACCACGACAACGACAUCGCCGUCACCAACUGUGCCCUGUCCUAUAAGGGAGCGUUCUGGUACAAGAACUGCCACCGCGUCAACCUCAUGGGACGCUAUGGAGACAACAGCCACAGCAAGGGUGUCAACUGGUUCCACUGGAAAGGCCACGAGCACUCCAUCGAGUUUGCUGAGAUGAAGAUCAGGCCGUCCAACUUCAGGAAUCUGGAAGGAAGAAGGAAACGAUCAUAAACACCCACCCCCCCACCCCCCCUCCUCCCUCCACAUCCCCCCUCCUCCCUCCACACCCCCACAACCACCACCACCACCACAACCACCCUCCACCAACACUGCUACAACUCUGUUUGGACCCCCCUUAGACCACCUGGAGUCCCACACCCCUUGCACCCCGCAGCGAUCAAAAGCCACUGCCGAGAUCCCCGCUGCCUCCAUCUUCCCGCCCCCCCGAUCGCUCACAGAUCAGCAUGGACACACCAUGAGAUGAGAACUACUUAACCCCCCCCCCCCCGCCCCCCGUUGACACGGUUGUGGAAAUGCUGCAAGUGCGGAAAUUGAUGUGCAUGUUACAAACUGGACUUAAAUCGAGCCCACACAGAUUCUACUCACGCACCAAAGAUAGCAACAACAACAACUCCAUGUCCCCUGAUAGUGAUCCAUCCUCCGGUGUUGCAGCAUUUGUGGGGAGGCUUGGGCUUUAUGUUGUGUACAGUCAUUAAUACCGUUCCUAUUUCAUGUUUGGGGUGUGACAGAAAGGACAGGCUGUUUAUGCAGUAGUACAAUGUGGUCUUGUUUAGGUUCAGGGCCUCUUUGCUAAAACCGAUAAUACAUUUCAUACGAUUCAGCAAUUCUGGAUCAUCUUACAAAGUCUAUUCCUUGUACAGUACUGUACACGUAUCUAAAUGAAAGAUUUGGAAAGAGAUAUUCCUCAAAUGGCAUUCCUCACAUGUCAGAUAUCUCUGUCUAACUUGCCAUUUGUUUGUGUUUGUGCUUGUCUCAGAGUCACUUUAUCCUCUCCGGGUUCCCUCAUGUCGGGCAACAUCUCAUGUGGUAGAGAUGGAAAUGAAAAGAGAAAAAAAAUAAAAUAUAUGGAAAAGUAUUUUACCCCGCCACGUCCCGUGUCCACGUGGAUGGCAAUGUUUUCAUUCAUUACGUCAGCCCCUGAAGGCAUCACGCACAACGGACAGAGAAAAGAAGAGCUGGUGUGUUUCCAUGUGUGUUGUUUCUGCUGUGAAUCCGAUGCAGGACCUGUUCCUCAGUGUAAAAUGAGAUGCGGAGAUGAUAUUUUCUCUCAUUUUGCAAUAUGUGAAAACAUUGAUGUGUGGAACGGGACGAGGCUCGGCGUUGUUGACAGAAAAGGUUUCUGUUGGACACAGUAAGGUCUCCAUGUGUGCGUUGAUGCCGAUAGUGUUUGAACAGGCCAAGACUAGAGAAGUUGCUACCCCCCCCAGCCCUGCCACAGCAGCAGCACACUAACCACUGACCCUGGGCAGAAUGCCUGUGUAAAUUAAGUUUGUUUUCAUGCUAUGUCUGUUAUAACUGGGUGAACAACCGGUGUUUCUCUGUGAACUGUGUUACAAUAAAACACUUUGUUUCAAAGGAA